UCACAUUCAUUCUCAGCCGAAAGCCCAUUACGAAGAUCACCAUAAUAUUUCCUUUCUUUAAACAAUAAAAAUCGAAAGACAUUCCGCCAAUCGCACCAAUUCCACCACUGGGCUUCGCGCUCCGCUCACCAUCACCACAAAAUCUCGCCUCUAAACCCUUAAUUUCCAUGAUUUUUCUCCCAAAUUCGAAAACCCCAUCUCAAAUUUCUCCAUCUUCUGAAUCCUUCUCCCCUCACAAGUUCUUAAAACCCCCCAUUUCAGCGUUGUAAUCGAUUUCCUUUGGAGUUCUUGCAUGAUGUUGUCUAGAUAUGGCGCUGGAUUCUCCCUCGUUUUUCUGCUUUUUCUCGCCGAUUUGGCGACUGGAAACGAACUAAGUUUCACUCAAUCCAAUGGGUCUGUGGCAGCGCUGGUGCCACUGGUCGAGGAGGGGAAAAUGACGAUGAUGGAGAUGAAUGAAACUAGAAGAAAACUGGGGAGCUUCCAAGUAUGUGCUCCUUGUACUUGCUGUGGUGGGGCUAAGGGCCUGUGCUUGCCAUCUCCUUGUUGUUAUGCUAUCAAUUGCAAAUCCCCAACAGACCAUUUGGGUUUUGCUCUUUCACUCCUAAAUCCUGUAAUUGCUUUGGAUGCAACCUCUAGCUUAUACAUUCAUAUAUCUCUCUGAAAUUUCCUUGCAUAUAUAUAUAUAUAUAUGAUGAUGAUGAUGAUGACCUUGGUCAUUUGUUA